ACACGGAAGUGGAAGUUCGUCCAUGAAGCCGACACCGCUACGGAUAAACAAACAAGUGUCACUUGUCAGACGCUUCGUGAAUGAGAAAUAUCUGGGGAGCUUCUGUCGGCCAGAGGACAACCUGGACAGGAUUGAAAAGCUGUUGCGUUAGCCAGACGCAAAAGGAGGAAGACCAACGUCACACCAUCUCAGUGAAGAGCGAGAUGGAGCACAACCACGGCGACAGGAAGUUGCACCUGUGUGGUGUGUGCGGCAAAUCUCUCAGCGACCGUCGCUCCCUCUCCCGCCAUAAACUGACACACUCGACCGAACGUGCUCAUGGCUGCCGGACGUGUGGCCGUCGGUUCAAGCUGUCAGGAACACUGCGGCAGCACGAGAAGAUCCACAUGCGUGGCGAGCGCACGUUUCUGUGCGACAUCUGCUGCCAGAUGUUCUGGAGCAGCCAGCAGCUGCACGUGCACAUGCGGCGCCAUAGCGGCGAGCGGCCACACCGCUGCCGCCUGUGCGGCAAAGGCUUCGUCACCAGGGGCCUCCUGACCGUGCACACGCGCGUGCACACAGGCGAGGCACCCUACCGCUGCCCUGACUGCGGCCUCUCCUUCAAACGCAAGGUGCACCUGGACAACCACAUGACAAUCCACUCAGGCGCCAAGCCCUUCGUGUGUGCCGUGUGUGGCAAAGCGUGUGCGCGGAAAACCUACCUGACGGUCCACAUGAGGACGCACAGUGGCGAGCGUCCUUACAAGUGUGACUUGUGCGACAGAGCCUUCACGCAGAGUCACUGCCUGAAGACCCACAUGAGGAGCCACCAGGGGGCGCCAGCCUUCCAAACGUUGAAGUGACAGCAUUCAGCAGAGGGUUCCUGUCUUUCCACCGCUCCUGACUUCCGGAACUUUUCCAGGGUUCCUUUUGUCCUCUUGUGACUCUACCCGUUUGUUUCUGUGGCAUCUCGGUUCGCCUCCAUGGUACUAGCUUCUCAGUAGACACAAUUUGUCACGGCUAAACAAACAUCUCAUGACUGAAGUCACCUAUCCAGGACACACCAAAGGUCAGGGGGACACAGCAGAGCAAGAACACUGUUGUUAUGACCUUCUUCAAGUCUCCUUUCCUUUGUAGAAUCUUCAGGAAGUACUGAUGGUGCAAGAUCACUUCCUGAAUCAACGUAAGACUCACUGGAACACAGUGUUGAUUCUGGUCUUCCAGCCAGGAGCAGAUCCUCUUACAUGGGCAAGGAUUUAAUUUUUAUCCUUAAUGAUAAACGUCUCAAUUGUCAUAAUCUGUGCUCCAAAAGCACAGACAAUACUUUUGGGGGCGUUUCUCCUCUCUAGAUGAUGUCUAUAUUCACUUCCAAGGUGAUGACUUUUCUUUUUCUCUACUUCAACCAGAGUAGCCUUCCUUACACAGAAUGAUGUACAGAAAGUUCAUUAAUAAGCAUUAUGUUAUUCAGCACAAUGGCCCCUAACCUACAUUUUUAGGAGCACAAGCAGAACAUUUAGGGGUGUGCACCGAAAAUUGACUUGCAAAGUCUUCUCAUUUUCACUGUUUAACUGAUAAAUACUUGAACAAUAAAUGGCAACUAUCUUCUCUAACCACCCUGUUUCUGACCCUAACUUCUGGAAGGCGUCGUUGUUGGUGGCAUCAUGGACAUGAUUGGAUUCAUAAACUCCAAUACUACCCUAUUUUCACACACAAGCCAACCACACUGGCUAUUCAGCCCUGCACUCUCACACGUAUUGGCACGCCUCCUUCUUCUUUUGGAGUUAAUGUUGGAUGCCAAAUUAGCUCAUUUGUGCUUUAAUAUUAACU